AUGGCAUCUUCAAACUCUCGUUUCAUCAUAUCCAUUGUUGGUUCACUCGUUGGCUGCUGUGUUGCAAUCAUUGUUUUAGCCAUUGUCCUUCCGAUCGGUAUCAUCAACAGUCUUCCACCAGAAUAUUGCUACUCCACUCAACAUUUGAAAUAUCUGCCCGCAGGAAGUACCAUUGCUUUGAGAAAAACCUAUGGCCUCGGUCGUUUUGAACUCUUCAACGAGACUGGCCAUGGCGACAAGAUUGAAAAUUUCAAAUUCAACGCCUCUUCCAUUGUCGGAACCAUGAAAUAUCGUUCAUGGGCCAUUCCCUAUCGUAUUGAUUUGAUGAAUGCCGAACAGAAAGGAUCAGCUGAGGGACGCGGAGCUAGUUUUUCCAUUGGACAACAAGUCUCUUUGCACGAGUGUCGUAACGAUACCACUUCUGAAUUUACUGUAUUGGGAAGAAUUUCUCAAACGAAUGUGUUUGAAUUUUGGAAACGAACAUAUGAAGUAUAUGAUGCUACGACCACCAAUAAGAUUGCUACGGUCGAGGAUAAGUUUGGAAUUAAUGAACCAUUUGUUGCUCGAACACCAGAAGGAGUCGUGGUGGCCGAGUUUCAACAAAUUACUUGGCAAUUACAAGAAACUUGGAGAUUAUCGGUCAAGUAUGAUAUGCCUAAUUUUGAUAUGAGAAGUUUGUUGAUACUCGUUUCUGUCAUUUCAUAUAAUAGAAAUUAA